AUGCAUUUUAGGAGAUACCAAGACAAACCUCUGAAGUUAGUAAUUAGUCUUGUUUGCCUUUUUCCAAAAUUCUUUUUUGGCGAUUUAAUUUUUAAGCGAGUUGUCAUGGCUGUGAAUACAUUAAUACCAGCCAGUGCUAUGAAUUUUACAGAAAACCAGCAAGCAUGUAUUGUACUAGAAAAAUUAUGGAGCCAACGAGAAGCAGGUCGAUUUUGUGAUGUUGUUCUUCAUGUUCAAGGACAAAAAUUUCAAGCCCAUCGAAAUGUACUAGCAGCCUGUAGUCCAUAUUUUGAUUCUGUGCUAAAAACUCAUAAAGUUAUUAAAGAGCAGUUGACAGUUACCUGUCAAAAUCUUGAUGCAUUCCAGUUAUUGUUAAAUUACAUGUAUACAGGAGCAGUUGUAAUUGAUAAGAAUAAUGUCUCUGAAUUGCUGAGGUUAGCAAAUCAUUUUCUUGUGGCUAAGUUAAAAAAUUAUUGUGCUGAAUACCUUGAUCGCUAUCUGGACCCUUCCAACUGUUUGACUGUCAAAGAAAUGGCAGAAAAAUACAAUCUUCCAGUUUUGCAAAAGAAUGCAGCUGCUUUUAUUCAUAAUCAUAUUGUUGAAGUUUUUGAUCAAAAUGAAAUAUUGGAAUUUCCGUUUACUAAGUUAGAAGCUUUUUUUAAAGAAAAGCAGUGUUUAAUUCCACAGCAUGUUCUAUUAAGCUUCAUAUGCAAAUGGGUUGAUCAUGAUGUAAGUAAAAGAGAAAAUGAUUUAAGGACUCUAUUGACAUUUAUCAACUGGAAUUCAGUUGAACGUCCAUUUUUGGAUGACCAUUUGAAAACCUGCAAUUUAUUUCGAAAAAAUCCAAAAUGUAUGUACAUUUUAUUAACAUGUUUAGAAGAAAACAAGGUAGAAUUGUUUGAGUUUCAAUCUAUAUAUGACUCCCUGAAGAGUCAGUAUGGGCCUGGUGGUUCUAGUGUUGAUAAUGAUAGCUUUAUGAAUAUUGCUAUAUCAGCAGCAAUUCAUGGACUUCAAAAGUUUCCAGCUACAAACAGUACAGAAGAAAAUACCCCUAUUACUGUUGCUCCUUUGGAGAAAGACCCUGUAAAAGAGAAACCACCUGCACCACCUAUAGAAGAACCAGCAAAAGUAUCUUCUGAUAAUGAAGAAACAAGCAAUAGCAGUUUUGACAAUACAGUUCCAGAUGGGGGUGCUGAUAUUGAUUAUGAUGAUGAUAGUCAGACUUCAGAGGAAGAGAAACCAUUAUCAACUCCUAUGGCUGGCAAUCGUCGGAAAGUUGCACCACGAAAACUAAAAUUAAAGUCUCCUUCUCGGAAGAUUACUAUGACAACUAGACGAUCUGCACAAAUACAGAAAACAGUGCCUCCUAUCAAAAUUACUAGAAAGUCUUCUGGUAGCAUAUCUGCUAAACCCGCUGUUAAGAAUGCUUCCAAAGCACCCAAACAGAAUGCAAAGCCAUCUAAGUCCCUGGCAGUUUCUAAGCAAGUUCAAGUUACUUCCAAUUCCAGAAGUAAAAAAGCCCUGGCUAAACCAACGAAAAAACGCUAUAUUUCAGAAACAGAUUCUGAUGAUGAUGAUGACGAUGACGACGAUGAUGAAGAAGGAAGUUCAAGUGCUACAGAUUCUAGUGUUGAAGAAUCUGUAAACGGCCAUUCCAAUAAAUCAAAGUGGAAAGAUGGUGUUAAAUGUCCUAAUUGUUCUUAUAUUGCCCACAGUAGUGUUCGAUUAGAACAGCAUGUGUCUCGUAUCCAUGCUAAAGAUGUCACAUACAAAUGUAAGGUUUGUGAUUUCACGUGCAAAUGGAAUCGAGAAUAUUAUUUACAUAUGAAGACACACUUUCAAGGCCCACCAUUUCGGUGUGAAACCUGUGAAUAUACAUGUGAUCGUAUUCAAUUUUUGUUGUCUCAUCGCAUGAGACAUACAGAUGAGCGUCCUUUUAAAUGCGAUGAAUGUUCUCAUCGCUGUAGAACCAAAGCAAAUCUUGAUUGUCAUAUGAGAUGUCAUACUGGUGAAAAGCCUUAUCAAUGUGAGCAUUGCGAGCGUCGCUUUGCUAUCAAAGCAAGUUUGGAUCAACAUCUUGCAUCACAUCGUGAAGAUCGACCAUUUUUAUGCGAUACAUGUGGUUUCAGUACAAAAUAUCAAUCUCAUCUGUUUUCUCAUAAGCGAAUUCACACUGGUGAUGUUUUUCGUUGCCAUUUCCCAAAUUGUAAGUACAGUACUCCUAAAAAAAGCCAGUUAGGAUCUCAUCAUCGAACUCACACAGCUGUGCGGUCCCACAUUUGUUCCAUAUGUGGUAGAGCUUUUAUUGAAAAAAGCCAUCUUGUUAGGCAUGAAAGAAUACAUCUGAAUGAAAAGCCUUUUAAAUGUGAGCAUUGUGAUUACUGCAGUUCAAGAAGAGACAAACUGAAGGAACAUUUUCGUAAGCAUCAUGGUGAAAAUGCUACAGCUAAAGGUCCUUACAGACCAAGAAAACAGAGGAGGCAGGGCUAUGAAGUUAGUGUUUAUUCUCCUCCUAACAAUAAAAGUGCACCUGCAGAAGCAGAAAACCAACUUCCUCCUCAACAACACAUUGAAUUACAAACAGCUGUUUCAGCAAUUGGAACUAAUAAUCCUCCUCCAGCUCCAGUUGUCUAUAGUUAUGAAUCUUCUCAUCAAGAUACUCUUCAUAGUCAUGCAGCUGUUGCAUUACAGCAGCUUGGAGCAGCUGCAGCCCAUAAUUAUCAAGUAGCAUUUAUGGAACAAAGACAUCAUCAACCGCAUCAUCAUCACCACCAUCACCACCAACAUAAUCAGCAUCCACAUGCUCACCCUCAUGUUGGACCAACUCCGCCUUCUGCUGUUCCUGCUAUGAUGACUGAUCAGAAUAGAGUAAAUGUUGUGGCUGUCAGUUCACAUGAUGGAACGAAUGUAGUUGGGCAACCAUCUGAGUUCAGUCCAUUUAUGUCUUUUAUGUAACAUUUUCUACUGCAGGACGUCUGAAGAAAAGUAUAUGUAGUUGUCUCUUGUGGCUUUAGGAAUUCUACUUGUGAUUGCAAUAAUAUUUGAACAGUUAUUGUUAUAAGAUAUACCAUGUCAAGCAAUGCAUUUAAAUCAUAUUCUUGAUUUCCAUCUAGUUUUUAUAACCAACUUAUAUUUGUGUAUUAUAUGUUACUUAGAGAUUCAUAAUUUUUCUAAAGUGCAAAAGCAAAUAAGAACUGCAAGUAAUAAAAGCAAAUAAUUGUUAAUUGUUUUGUUAAUGAAAUUUUUGAAACUAAUAUUGUUGUCAGGUAAAAAGUAAAACUUCCUGAGAAAGUAAUUGUCAAUUUUCAGAAAAAUCUUUUUUGCUUGUUAAAUUUACUUGUUUAUGUCCUGAUUUGUAUGUGUUAUAUGAAUUUAAGUAGUAUGAUAACCAUUUUUUUAACCAAUUUUUCAAGAAACUUUUAGUUGUGAAUAGUCUUUAAUAUUUAACUCCUGUUAACUGUGCUUAUUAAUAAGUAAAAAUACUUGUGUUGAAGGGGAUGAGGUAGUAUUUCUUUGGUCCAAAUAUGGGAAUAAUCAAACCUUUUGUGAGAUAUUAAUUUGUAUAUGGAUAUUUUAUUGCAUAUAUUAUAUGAAUAUAUUUUUUUUUUCAAAAAAUGCAAUAAUUUUACGUGGAAACUGUUUUUGAAAGCAGAUUUUUAAGAGCAAAAUUCAGAAGAUUGUCUUUAUCGUUUUGAUGAUUCCAAAGAAUCUUUUGAAGUUGUUGGAAAUAAACCAUUUCUAUGCAAAAGCCUUGACAGACAGAAAAAUAAAGAAUAGAAUGUUAUUUCAUAAUUUUGUCUAAGAGUAAAAAUUGUUUUGAAAUUUUUGAAAUUGUGAUAUAUUUUCUUGUGAUGAAAUUUCCAUAUAAUAAGGGGGAAAUCUGUGCCAAUAAGAAUUGUUCUUGUUUUUUUAUUAAUGAAUUAAUACCCAAGUUGACAUAACAAUAAAAUAUGCAUUUAUGAUGUUUUUAAGGAAGACCUAAAAAGAUCUUGGAUGUUUGCAUCAGUCAGUGCUUGGUUCAGCAUUGUUUUGUAUGCGUUUAAGUAUAAAAUAUGUUUUAAAUAUUUUCUUAAGUUUAUUUGUAUGAUGAGAUGCUGCCAGUUAAUCAUUUGUUCUUCUAAUUGGACCUUUAUUCUAUAGUUAUUUUUAGUUUUAUUAAUGAUUAAGUGAUGUGUGAAGGUUUCACAUCCAAUCUUUUGCAUUCAUGGUUUUUUUUUUUUGUUUUUUUUUGUUUGUUAUAUUGACCUCUUGAGCAGUUAUUGAUUUAAUAUAUGGAUUGAAAAACUUUUUAACAUGUUAGAAAUGUUGCAUAACUGAUAUUAAAUUUUAUUGAUAGCAUUUUGCUUCUUGAUCAACAAUUAGAUUGCUUAUAUUCUGUAAAAGAUAUGAAAAUUUUUAUAUACCUAGUCACAUAUUAGAUUCUUAUUCUUUUUUCUUUUAUGUAUACCAAUGCAUUAAUUUAAAAAUAUUGUACUGAUUGAAAGAAAAUUGCCGAAGCUUAAUGUUAAGCAGCUAAUGCGUGUAGAUACAUAUAAUUUAUGUUGUAGGUAUGUUAUAAAUCUCAUCUUGAAUCUUUUCAGUGAUGACAAAAUCAAACUGAAUUUAUUUUAUGAAUUUAAAACUUCAUUUAUCUUUUGAUCUUUAUACAUUUUUAUCAUACAAUGGUCUAUCUUGAUUAAUUUCUGUUUUAAAUUUUUGAUGUUAGUGAGAAAUAGUUGCAAUUGAAAAAUAUAUUUUAUUAAUAUUACACUUUCAGAAAAAUAUUUUGAAGAAUAUAUUAUUUAUUAUUAUUACAAUGUCUGUAAAAUACAUCAUUUUAUUUAUUUUAUACUUAAUUUCAGAUGAUGCUUGCCUCUCUAUAUAUACGCAGAAAUAAUUUUGUUUCAAGUGCUUUAUCUAAAAAUAUUUAUAUAUAAUUUUGUUAAUAAUGAUGCAAAUUAGCAAAUAGAACAUGCUUGCACCAAGACUGGCAAGAGAAACAGUAUGAAAGAAAUCUGAGUGACAGCAUCCUUUAUCACCUUAUUUGUUUCAUUAUUAACAAAAUGUUGAAUUUUUUGAAUAUAGAAACAUAUAGGUUCAGGAAAGGUGCUGGCAUCAAGACUUUUUAUUCUGUUAUUUCUUAUGAGUGUGAAACCUAUUUAUUCUUAUGUUAUGAGGGAAUAAUGUUCAAAUUAUUUAUAAUUAUUAAAAUGCAGGGAAAAGUUUUAUAAAGCAUUCAACAAACCAAGCACUUAAAAAAUUUGUAUUUUAAAACUGAUUUAUAUAAUCAGGAAAAUGAUUUGUCUCUUCAUUUUAUUUGAACUAGAGGUGUGAACUAAAUAUAUAAUGAAAGAAAUGUUACUUGUAUAUUUUUGUUUGUCAAGUAAUUGUGUCUUGUCCAAAACUGUAGCAUUGCUGACUUAUCCGGUGUGAGGUGAAAUAUUUUACUUGUUCUCUUCAUUUAUUUUCCUUGUGAUUUAGUCAUUUUUAUUGCUUAGCCAUUAGUACCUUUAAUAAUAUCAAGAUUGUAUGCUUGUUUCAUUGUUAACUAAUGAAUUAAUUUUUUUUUCCAUUUUUAAUUGAACAUUUGAUACUUACAACUUUUUUUUUUUUAAAGAUGUAAGGGUAAGUCAUGAAUACUGUGUAUGUUUUGUAAAUGGUCAGUUUCCUGGUUUUUUUUUUUCUUUACAGUAGUUAUCAAAAAAAGAGCCUUAUAGAUUAAAUGUGGUAUAAAAUUGCCUACAAAUUUUCUGGAUUCCAUUCGAAACUGCACACUUCUUCAUGUCCUAAACAUUGGCCAAGUGACAUAUGCUCUGGAACUAGUUGCAAUCCUUCAUCACAUUUUCUUAUACACAUAGAAACUAAUCUAGCCGAAUUUAUUUCCUAUAUUCCCAAGCCCAUUUAAAAUAAAUUACAAGAAAUCUGAGAUUUAAGUGAGAUUUCUGAUAAAUUUGCUGAAAUUAAAGCAAAUAAAAUAUAGCAAUAUUAAUUUUGUUUUCUUUUAUAUUAAUAAUAAUGUGUUAUAAGUACUACUAUUGAAAAUGGUUCUCUUAAUUCAGAGAACUGGAUGCAUUUAUGUUGACAGAAAUUAUUCAAGCAAUAAUUUAUGAUAUCAGUGCCUUUUUAGUGUCGGUGAUCAUCUAUACCUUGCAGCUAAAAACUGUAAGUUUUAAAUCAAAACUGUAUGUUGAAUAAGAAAGGCAGUGUUUGCCCUUUAGUGUGACUGUCUUGUGUAAUGAAACUUUUGUAUGCAAUGUUUUGUAUGCUUGCUUUAAUUUACUGUUUAAUCUUCAUGUGAAAAAAGCAGGUGUGAACAUUAUGUUCUAGUUAUUCCAUAGUAUGAAAUGCAAAUAUAGUGAGAUAAAUGCAUUAAAAAAUAUCAGAGGAAAAUAUUUUUUCAACUUUUAAUUUAAGAAAUAUGCAGAAUGCAUCCAAUGUCAGUUUUUCAUAAUAGACCAUUGUCUCAAGAUUGUUUUGUAGCCCCUUCUUCUUUACAAAGUUGUAAAUUUGCCUUUGCCUUUGCCUUAAUACUGAGAAGGUGGUGAAUAGAUUUUCCUUUCCUGGGUCCAAGGAUAUGAGGCAAGUUCUUAUGUGAAAAACUGCCAGUUAGCAUAUUUACUGCACAACUGGGAAUCAUAUUGUCUGGGACAUGCUGUAUUGGACUAUUUUAAGUCUAAACUUGCAUAAUUAUAGCAAUGCAUAUUGCUAGUGAGAGGUGAGUGAAUUUGAAAUAUUAUUUCAUUGCAAACAGACUUACAAUAUUGAGAUGUUUGAAAUAUAUACAGAGCUAUCUUUAACUAAAAAAAAAAAAAAAAAAAAAAAGUAAGACAUUUUCUCUUUAUAUUGUAAAUGUUUGUAUGUAUUAUAUUUUUUAUAAAGUGUUACUUUUUCAAACAAUCACCUUCACUGCCAUAUAUAAACAAAAAGGAAGUGCUGUUUAUUUCAAGAUCUCAAGAUUAACACUUCUAGAUGAUUGUACUUCGCUCAGGGGUGGUAUGCAGAAAGUUGAACGGUUAUUACGUCUCCCAAUUUCAUGUAUAAUCUGCGUUCACUCUAUUACUAAAUGGAUACAUUUCUUCUUUCAUCUUCCCUCUUGCCUUUUUUAGAUGAAAUAAACAAGUCGUAAUGCAUGCGCAAAAACACAGAGGGCUUCCGAUUACGAGAAUAAACAUUUGCUUUUCUAAACAAAACAAAACAAACAAAAAUAAAUAAAUUAAUAAUAAUAAUAAAUCGAAACUGAAGAUAAAUGUAUGAUAAGAAAAUAAUUUUAUCUUAUAAAUAAUACAGGAUUGCUUAUUGUGAUUUACAAAAACUACUCUCGGAUUUUUCAUCAAAUUAUACAAAUUUAUAUUUCAAAGGAAUUCUGCUGUAUUGAUAUUGUAUAAUCUCAGAAGGUAGUUUAUCACAUUCAUUUUUCUUUUAUUUUGAAAUUAGAGUGUAUUGAAUCUUUUUCUUGAGAUUGCAGUAUCAGCGAAAAAUAAUGGAGAUAUUUUUUCAUUCAUGUUUAUAUUUGGAAACUGACCAUUUACAUAGUAUUCAAAACUUGAGUACCUAUAUUGAAGAAUUUGUAUAUUUUUAGUUUUUCAGAUUGAUUAUAAGAUUGUAUUAAAAGUGGUACAAUUUAACUUAUCUAGGUAAUUUUGACAGAAAUUUGAAUUAUAAAAGUAUUUAUUAUUAUGAAACUUAUUUAUUAUUUUAACAAACCAGCAAAAGUACAAAAUUUUGCACUGUGAUCGACUUUUGAUGAUAAUAAGGUCAUCUGAAAUUAUGUUUUUUCUUUUUCUUUUUGCAAAGUUUAAUGCAGGGGGAAAAAAAAAGAGGUUUUAAUCGAUUUAUUUUUAGACAUGGCUCGACGUCUGAUGAUAAUAAAGUCAUCAGAAAUUAUGGAGUUAAGUUUUUUUUUUUUUUUUUUUUUUUUCCUUUUUUUGCGAAGUUCAAUCCAGUGAAAAAAAAAAAAGAGGUUUUAAUCAAUUUAUUUUUAAACAUGUUGUAUAUUUGACAAUUGAAAAACUCAGUAUGUUUAUUAAUGCUUUUGUAAAUAGCUAGUGAUGGCCAUAUUUUAUCAGCAUUUUUUAGGUAUUUGUUAUUUGCUUCUUUGUUAAUGUUUGCAUAUUUUGUUUCAUUGUUAGACCUGUUUUGACGUAAAUGAAAGUCAGCAAAAGAUACUGUACAAUUGUCUUGUCUGUUGCUAAUAUACUCAUCGACCUACAUGUACUCUUUAAUAAUUUGCAUUGCCCUUUUUAUUAAUGACUGCCUUAAAACAUUCUGCUUGACAUAAGAAAGCUUAUUUUUUAAUAAAAUAGCUAAAAUUUUGAAA